AUGUCCCAUGCACUCCUCCUGCGUCUCUUUCUCUCUCCCUCUUUCUUCUCCGUCCACAUCGCGCUCCAGUAUCUCAGGCUCUAUGCGGACAACAUUGGGAUCACGUACUACCUCACCCGCAGGCUUCGGGAGCUGGACGUAGAGGAAUUGCGUGACGUAUGGGGCUUCAUAUGUCAUCUCCUUGUCACUAGGCCGUCCAAGUCGCGGGCUUUAGAAUGCUUUGUCGUAGACACUUGUCGGAGGUCCACCCACAUUGCCAUGCUUACCCUUUGGUUUAUGCAAGCACACCUGAAGGACCUCUCCUCUUCAAUGAGACAGAACCCCAAGUCUUUCACAGUCUGCCAGAGCACUAUCCUCCAGUGCCAUGAGAUAAUAUUCGGAGACCUUCCUGCCCCUGCAGUGAUGCCCUACUCGACAAUGGAAUCCUCAGGCAUUUCAAGUACUUCUAGGCAGAUCAGGAAGAAAGUCAAAUCUAACGUUGCGCCCGCUCUGGUGGGCAUGGGUAUUUUACUUGCAGGGGUCCCAGGCUUGCCCCCCUUGACGGACGUCAUGAGUGAGGUUGUCAUAGAGCAGGGACGUGCUGACGACGACCGUCAUGAAAAUCAUAGCAUCCGUACGGGUCACGAGGACGAUGCUCCUGGUGUUCUUAGACCUAGCCAGAGUACUGAGAAUGGAGAAGAAGAAGAGCAGGACCUUCAAUCCACGGACUCCUUCGAAGAACCGGUAGCCAACCAGGCCGACCCUUCUGAAUUAAGUUCAACGGAGAACCGACCGACAAUGAGCAACUACGACCGAACACCAAGUGGGACCAUAACGCGCCGUAAAACAAUAGGUGCUGCUCAGACGAGCCCCGCGUUACCUCUCCAUAUGCGACCUGAUGGUCGACCAAGGCUGUCUGAGGAUCCUUUUGGUCAGCAAGACGAGCCUUUGCCUUUGCAUUCCACCAGUCCCUUCCAGUCUUCGCCUUCACUGUCAGCAGCGAAGGCCUCUCGAGACAUGAAGCGGUCACCCACAUCUGACUCGCUACUACAAAAAUACGAUUUGCAGUCACAAGCCCACCUUCUGCGCAGUCAUUACUGUAGAUCUGAGGUCCAAUUUAUUCUUGGCCUAGAGGAUAUAUGCAGCAGACUCCUAGUCGUACCAAAGCCGGCGCGCGUCAGUGCCCUGAGGGCUGAGCUAACGACGUUAAAUCAUAAGUUACCUGCGGAGGUCUGCAUGCCCAUGUGGUGCACAUCAUCCGAUGUUCCUCUUGGUGCGCCAGGGAAAACACAGCCUCACCACCGAAUAGUACGCAUCCCCCCGGGUGAGAGCGUCGUGCUCAACUCCGCGGAACGGGCCCCAUUUCUCUUAUUGAUGGAGAUUCUUCACGACGAUCUCGAUUUCGACCCGAGUAAAAGGAGUAACAAGGAGAUCCUCAAGAAGAUCGUGGUCAAGGAGGAAGAGCGCAAGGGGGCCUCUUCAGACUUGGUCGCAUUUAAUUCGAUGAGUGCUCCGGAAAUCAGGCCGAUUCCUCCAACCCCUACAAUGUCGGCCCUCCCCGUAGACGAGGAGGAGGAAGUCGAUCUCAUCGAGCAGGUAUAUGGUUCGGACGGGCCCCGGUUUUCUCAUGCGGUUGAUUUGACCGACACCAUCGUAUUACCCCCUCGACCACGCAAUAAAGAUCUCGAUGCUGCUGCAUGGUCUCGCUCGUCAUCCCUCCCCCCUUCUCCCGCCAUCGAGCAACGUCCGUCGUUUGGUACUCCAUCGGUUGCUGGCACCCCCCUACUAAAUCACGGACGGAAUGACAGUGGUACCAAUGCUCAGAUACUGUCGCUAGACGAAUAUUCGGAACGUAUGCGAACUGCCGCUGUCAUGCUCGCGCAGCUCAACGCGAAUUUGGUGCGAGAACCCUUCACAGUCAGCAAAGGCCCUGUACACCCGUCUCUCUCUGGUUACGUCUCCCAGGCCCGUACCAGCGCUGGUGCUCCUGUUCCGCAUAGCCGGAUGAGGUUGAACCCAGCCGAAGCAGCUGCCAUCCGUGAUCGCAUUAUGCGCGAGAUGAUCGCUCUCGAGGAGGAGCGCAUGGAGCGUAUGCGUGAAAACCGGGAGGUGGACGGCUUCUUGUCCGUUGGAUCUGACGGAGGGGGCGCCAAGACGCUUGAGGAUGAAACCAUCAUUCGUCGUGAACUCAGCAGAGCCGACCCCUCCGCGAUUGUAUUCAGUGAAUCGUGGUCUGCAAAGAAGAGUCGAAUACGACAUGGCUCACCCUAUGGCCACCUAGCCAACUGGGAUUGCGUGUCCGUCAUUGUCAAAACCGGGGGUGACCUACGGCAGGAGCAGUUGGCAGUCCAGCUAAUCCACCAGUUCCAGCGGAUAUGGCAGGAAGAGCACUGUCAGUGCUGGGUCAGAUACUUCCGAAUUCUUGUCACAGGCGGCAGUUCAGGCUUGGUUGAGACGAUUACUGACGCGGUUUCUAUACAUUCCAUCAAGAAAGCGGAAUAUGCACGCCGGCUCGCUGAAGGGCGGUUAGGUCACGUUACACUGCUUGAUCACUUCAAGACGACGUACGGCGACCCUAGUUCCACGAAGUACAUACGCGCCCAGCGCAAUUUUGCUAAGUCGCUCGCUGGAUAUUCCCUCGUCACGUAUCUCUUGCAGAUAAAGGAUCGUCAUAACGGAAAUAUCCUCCUGGACAGAGAAGGUCAUCUGAUACACAUAGACUUCGGGUUUAUGUUGUCCAACUCCCCGGGCAAUAUAGGGUUCGAGGCAGCUCCUUUCAAAUUGCCCCUUGAGUACGUCGAAGUCCUCGGAGGCGUCGACAGCGAAUACUUCCGGGAGUUCAGGCGACUAUUCCGCGAAGGCUUUGAGGCUGCCAGUAAACACUGCGAUAGCAUCAUCACAUUGGUAGAGCUUAUGCAGAAGGACUCAGCAUUGCCCUGCUUCGCUGCUUUGGGUGAACAGACCGCCAACCAGCUGCGAGAACGCUUCCAACCAGCGCUCACGCACUCAUUGCAGGAGCAUGUUGACCGUCUGAUAGACACAUCUUUAGGGUCGAACUGGACCCGUUUGUAUGAUUCGUAUCAGUACUAUGCUCAAUCAAUCUUAUGA